CAUCGAUUUCAGCCGGGUAGCUGUCUUUGGAGUCUUUGUACCAGGCUUUUGCUGCUUUUCUGCUUCAAAAUGUCUUGAAGAUACUUAAUAAAUACACUAACUACUUGCUCUAAAUCUUCUCCUUUGACUUCCUUGCUAUGUGCUCCUUCUUGCUCCUUCUUGCACUAACAUAAUACUAACACCGUCGACCCUGGAAGACCCUGAUUCCACGCAGUCACCACCACCAGCCUAGUCGAAACCAAGGACAAGGAAGGGACAAGCACCUUCUCCUUCCUCUCUACUUGACUCUUCUUCUUCAACUUCCUCACAAUUCUACGAACACAGGUAAUCCGUACAGAAGGUUGCAGACAGGUUCGGGGUCGGAAAGUUCACUCAGUUCCUCACAGCCGCUCUUCCCCACUCUCCAACACACCGACGCCCCCGAUACUCUUGACACCGUUCUCGAGACGCCGUGCAGCAUAUCAAAAUGGAUAGACUCCACCAAAUUAACCCCUUCGCCAAGCGCGAGACCCACGACGCCCAGACGAUUUUCUGGUAUAAGAUCUUUACCACGUUGUCAUGGCUCCUGGCCGUCGUCUCCAGCGUCUACUACACCUUCCACGCGCCAGACGAUGAUGUUACCAAGCAGCGCACAAUCUGGGGCCAGAACAGACACCACCACACCGCCUUUGCCCUGAACUCGUGCAUUGCAUCCAUCUACUGGAUCUUGCUCUUCGUCCUUCAAGGUGGUUACAUCUGGCACCUGUUCUCCCCCAACGCCGACCAUGUCCAGGCCGCAGCCUCAGUCGGGAGCCACUUCAUCUUCAACAACCUCCUCCACUUCGGCUUCGUCAUGCUCUUCGUCCGCUCCCACUUCGUCUGGGCUGAGCUGAUCCUCAUCGUCAACUUCUUCAACCUGUCGUCGCUCUACUUCCGCUACCCUGCCUUGCCUCGCUUUGUCCACCUCCCAGCUGUCUCGGGACCCCUGGCCUGGGCAUUCGUUGCUUUGUACUGGAACGGAGCUAUUGCUUUCAACGCCGAGGGCUUGUUUGGCCGCAUCCUUGCCAACGUCGCAGUCUGGGGUAUCCUUGUCUACGGACUUUUCUUCCUCGUCACCUUCAAGGACUACACCAUGGGCUUCUCCCUCAGCGUCCUCAGCGCCUCCCUCGGUGUCGGCCAAUUUCUCCGCCAAGUCAUCGCCUUCCAGUGGAUCUUCGCCUUCACCAUCAUGGCCACCCUCUUCGUCGCCACCUUCGUCAUCACCCUCCCCGAGAUCUUUGGCGGCCGCUUCACCAGAGGCGAGGCAGUUGUUGCCGAGGACCAGGAGAGAGCUCCUCUCUUGGAAGACAACUAAACCAGUCAAGAGGACGGAUAAUCUCCGUGUGUCAAAGAAAGCCGCAAGGCUGCAGAAAGGGUUUAUGGAUUUAUGGUCUAUAUGGUCAGUUACGAGUGCUUCGCUUUUGAUGUUUUAUUGUGGGGAUUGGAUCACGUCCGCGCUCAUUUUUGAAUGAACUUAAUACUCCGCUCUUCGCGAUGGAUGGAUGGAUGACUGCUCGUUUUUGUUUUCCCGCUGGAUUUCAGUUUGAAAUUUUUCUCAAAUGCAUGUCUGGGAGUUUUUUUGGAGGACGUAAGGAUCUAUUCGAGCAGAUUGACACAGAAUACAGAUUGAGCAGUAUGGAACUUACGUAUCUUUGAUCUCUGUUCUAGCUUAAUUUAAAUAAAUAUAAAAAUGUUUCUCUCG